AUGGCGACGACAAGGACGCUGCAUCUACGCCGCAUCUCUGCCCGUGCGGCCGUUUUUCUCGGUCUGUUGAGCGUGUUGACGACGGGAAGCUGCGAUGAGCAGGUCCCACUUCUUCUGUGGAGCAGCGAAGGGAUCUCCCUCCCACGUCAGUCUCCUCCUGCGGCGGGUCACAUCGUGGAGCAGCAGCAGCUGGCCUCGUACCUGGAGAAAGCUCUGAACGCGGGCCCGAAAAAUGUCCUGCUGUUCCUGCAGGACAAGAUGAGCAUCGAGGACUUCACCAUGUAUGGAGGCGCUUUUGGAAACAAGCAGGACAGUGUUUUCCCCAACCUCGAGGGGGCUCUGAUGUCCUCGUCCUCUCCUUUGGUGUUACCUGCCGUGUCCUGGCCUGCCUCCAAUGCAGUGAUUGGCCAGCUGCAGGACCAGUUAGACACCUCCCCUCUGUACAUGGAUCCUGAGACACUAAGUCAGCUGAGACUGAACGCCUCCUCGCCCGCCCUGCUGGUGUUCAGGCUGCCGUACGGCAUCGGGGCUGAUCUGAUGUCUGCGAAAGAGAUUCUCAGUGGAAACGAUGAGGUGAUCGGUCAGGUGUUGAGCACCAUGAAGGCCCAGUCUGUCCCGUACACAGCCGUUUACACAGCCCUGCGGCCCUCCAGGGAGGCUGCGUCUCUCUCUAUGGAAGCAGGCCUGGGUGGAGGACGCUCUCUCCUGCAGUCCAGAGGUGGAUACAAGGAGAGAGAGCGGGAAAGGGAGAGGCAGCGUAGGAUCAAGGAGAAGGCUGGGAUCUACAGUCCAGUGGAGUUUAAGGAGGGCGAAGACACCUGCAUCCUCCUGUGGGCAAAGAGCCUGUCAGUGAGCAUCCUGCGGAGCGGUCGCUGGGAAGUCCAAGACCUGACCCCGUCCACCUUCGGUGUCACCCCGAGCCUCCACGGCUCGAGCUGCAACAAAGCCAAAUCCAGGUUGGUUCUUAAUUAUGAGAAAGUCCUCGGUCACAACAGCUUCAAACUGAUCUUCGCUAUGAGCCAGCGUCACUACAGGGUGUCUGCACGCCGCUGGUUCACUCUGGACAGCGUGGAGCUGGAGUACGACGAGAUCACGGCCACGUUCAACGGCAGCAGGAACAUUUACGCCCCCGCCGAGUACUCGUACCGCUGCGAGUCCGUCACCAGCUUCCGUUGGCCCCUGCUCAUCCCGCGCUCAUCUCGAGAUCCGGCCAAUCAGUGGAGGGUCUCUUUUGAAGACUUUCAGAUCCAGGGCUUUAACGUGAGCGGCAGCGAGUUCUCGUACGCCAGUGACUGCGCGGGGUUCUUCUCUCCUGGGAUCUGGAUGGGUCUGAUGACGAGUCUUCUCAUGGUCCUCGUGCUCACCUACGGCCUGCACAUGAUCAUGCAGCUCCACACGAUGGACCGCUUCGAUGACCCCAAGGGCCCGGCUAUCUCUGUGCCCCAAACAGAGUGACGAGUCAGUUCACCCCAUUUCUGUCCCUCAAAUGCUUCCACCCCCAGCCUUUACAUUCCACCCUGUUCAUCUGUAGUUGGGCAUUACACAGACUAAUUAGUGGUGUUGUCACUGCAUCCUGAGACUGAACAAUCUAGUUUUCAGGUAGUUUGUGCCUCUUAUGUAUUAGCAUUACAUCCAUUACCCAGAGAAACCCCCCCGCAAGGUGGUUUAACAACACUUCAGCUGUUCUGAAGCUGUUUCCAGAAGUCUCAAACCUAAAAUAUUUGUCUGCUGCAUGAAGAGAUUUUCAGUUCAAUUUCAGUUCCACGGAUGGUCGGAUAACGGUCGGGAAAAUCCUGAUUUUUAGAAAUUGCAUCAUAUUUUGGAAAUUUCCACAAUGUUUUACAAUUGAAUCUGUUUUUAAUGUCAGCUUCGAUGAUUCUGUCCAUGUUCAGAAUCACAGGGCCCCCUCAGGAGAUGGUAGAGACCAAAAACAGAGCUAAAAGUCAAUAUUUGACAUGCAAAAAAAAGUUAUUGCAGGCUUAGUUUAUACAGGAAGUUAGAUUCUCUACACAUUUUGUGUGCAAGUAUUUUAUUUAUUAUGAUUGUUAAAGGUUGUCUUCUUUAAAGGUAAAGUUGCAGCAUUUUAUUUAGUACUUUUUACAUGCAGUUACAUGUUGAACCUGUCCACGUGUGGAGUUGGCCCUGGUCGCUCUGCUGGGUUUUGCAUUGUUAAAUCAGGCUCAGAGAUGCUGAUACAUCAGAGGUACAAACAUGGGCUAGUUUUCUGGCUGCUGUGGAUAAAUGCCCCCCAUGAAAGGGAUAACUGUACAUGAAGGGACAAAAAAAAUGAAUUAUAAAAUAGUAUUUAUUGGUGAAGGUGAUUGUGUGUGUUUACAGUCGUGUUGUGAGUAGACAGUUGAACUGUAGUUGUUGAAUGGAGGGACGACAGACGAAUCACGUCCACUGUUCUGUUAACUCCAGUAUUCUUCAUCAGUGAGCAAAGGGACGACGUUUCUGAAAAUCUUAACUGAAAACGUGAAAACAUCACAAACAACCAGACACGUCUGACUUGAUGCUGUUUAUUGUGAAUGAUCCUCGCGGUUCGUCUGUUUUGAACAAUAUUCCUUUCCUCUCAUCAUUAACUUGAAAACUGUAUUUAUUGCACAGAAACACUUAAUGUGAACCUUUUGUUUAAUUUAUUUUGUUUUGAUGAUUCGUAAUUAUCAAUGAUGUCGUGCUGCUGAUGUGACCCCAAUAAAACAUCUGU